AUGCUGAUUUUGAAGCUAGUACACAAGGAUAUCAUAUACCAUAUUGUGUUUGUUAUUCUAAAAGAGGUGAAGAUAAGAUUUAUAAUAAAUAUGGUAAAGAUUGCGCAUAUGAUUUCUUAUGUGAUUUACCACAUAAUGCUAUUCUUAUGCUUUAAUUUCUACAUCAUUAGCAUCUUUUCCAAAGAUAAAUUUAUCCAUAUAACUAUUUCAAUGGGGUUGAUAUUGAAAAAUAAUAUGGGUACAAUAUUAGAAGCUGAUAAAUAUGAAAUAAAGCCAUGCACUGAAGACCAAUUUGAACUAUUUAAUGAAAAUAUUGAUAAAAUUGAGAAUUGUAGAAUUGAUGAAUUUCAUUUCGAUAUGAAAGCUUAUUGUGUUUUCUACUGUAAUCAAGACGUUAGAAUCUUAAAACAAGAUAAUUUAAAAGAAUAUGGUGGUAAAGUUAGAGAAUUUAUUCAAGGAGCUAUUUAUGGAGAAAGAUGUAUGACUAGAGAUAAUAAAAAGUGGCAUGUAACAGAAGAAUUAUAUGAUAAUGAUGCUUGUUCAUUAUAUCUAAGUGCUAUUAACAGAUAA